GAGCAGAAACAGUCCCAGGUGGCGCUUGUUGGUCGGAUACGUGGCCAUAUAGGAGCGCAUAUUGUGAGCAUCUUUGCGCUUUUUUUAAAAAAAGGAUUGAGCAACCCGCAUCCGAAAAUAGUGUUGGCUGUUAGAAAGUAGGUCGAUAGGAACUGAGAGCGACGUUUGUUUCCACGCUUUUGUCUGUGUUCUUUGUUGUUUAGCGAGGACUGUGGGUUUUUUCAUAGCCUACCCUUGUGUGGAGCGUUUUACGCACAGGUGGGAGAUACCCGCUCAGCAUAGGACAGCCCCCCUCUCUGCUCCUCAGCGGAUGAUGUGAGGAAGUGACAUUUUUCACCGCUGCGGUUCGGGACAGCACUGCUCCUCUGCAAACAGGUGUGCUGCUGUCCGGGUCACUUUUACAGAGCGAACCACAGGGAGGUAGCGUCCCGAAACCUGAACCGAGCCGCCUGGACGCGGGACAGCGGGGGCCAGAGGAGGAAAGAAAAAACCCACCCCGUUCAAGUGUGCGCUUUAUUAGCCGGGGCUGUUUGAACGGGUUCAGACACAGAGGGAGAGAGGGGGAGCGAUGGCAACGAAAAAGGCGUGCGUGGAUGCGCCCAAACGGAGCCGGAGUCCGGUCGUGUUGGAGGCGGAGAUGUUCAGUGAAUUUCAGGACUGGUGUCUCCGGACUUAUGGAGACUCCGGUAAAACAAAGACCGUCACCCGGCGAAAAUAUAACAAAAUCAUGCAGACACUGUUGCAGAACGACGAGUCGGACGGCGUUUAUGUCGACAACAGCCACAUCAACGCCAAAUUCAAAUUCUGGGUGAAGUCUAAAGGAUUUCAGGUCGGAACCAACGUGUUGGGAGAGCACAACAAGAAAGGAGCUCCAGGGAAACCCGUCCUAUAUGUCCCGGUCAAGUCAACGUGUUCAGACGGGAAUUCAGCCCAAGACAACUCCUCCCUGAAGCGUGUAGCUGUGGUUGAGGACUUCUUCGACAUCAUCUAUGCCAUGCAUGUGGAGAUGGGUGCAGAUCCUGGUAGAGCACCCAAGCAUGCAGGCCAGAAAAAGACCUACAAGGCGAUCGCAGAGACCUACGCCUUCCUGCCCAGAGAGGCGGUGACUCGGUUCCUAAUGAGCUGUGGAGAGUGUCAGAAGAGGAUGCACAUUAACCCCAGCACUGCGGAGUUCAAAGAAAAUGACAGACCGACCUCACUGGUCCCGGACCUCAUUGAUUACAACAUGCCUCUUACUGCCACCUACCUGAAACAAAUGAAACUGCAGUGCAUGACCACCACUGAGAGGGAUGACAGUUCGGUGAGCAGCGAGGACAUGAACAGUGCCGAGCCCACAUGGGUCGCAGCUGAGCAGCCUGCAGUGCCUGAGCCGAGUCCAACCAACGGAGAGAGAGUCAGCAACCCGACAGCCACCAUUAAAGAAGAGGACGAUGAUGACUCCUCAGAGAGCGGCAGCGCCAAUGGGCUGCCGGCUCUGACCUCCCCGGAGGCGCUGGCUGUGGGUGGGAACCCCCCAGAUGGCAGGGCCUCUUACGGGGAGGUGACAGAGAACGGUUUGAGCGCUCCUCUGGACUUCAGCACCACCUCGUCCUCGUCCUCCUCAGAGGAUCAGCAGCCGGUCAAUCUGAGCGACAGACUGCUUCCUGCAGGGAGCUCACCGCCUAACUCCUACCCUGCAGACCCCAACAGAAAGUAUCCCAUCAAGACAGAGUACGCCAACAAGUCUCCUCCUUACAGCUCAGGAAGCUAUGACUCUGUGAAAACUGAACUGAGCAUGAGCGCAGAGGACUUGACCUCUGGUCGGGCACAGAUAAUUGAUGACGAUGACGACGAUCACGAUGACCACGAUGACAAUGACAAGAUCAAUGACGCUGAGGGAAUGGACCCUGAGAGACUUAAAGCCUUCAAUAUGUUUGUGCGUCUGUUCGUGGAUGAGAAUCUGGACCGCAUGGUGCCCAUCUCCAAACAGCCCAAGGAGAAGAUCCAGGCCAUCAUUGAGUCCUGUAGCCGCCAGUUCCCAGAAUUCCAGGAGCGAUCCCGCAAGCGCAUCCGCACCUACCUCAAAUCCUGUCGCCGCAUGAAAAAAGGCGGUUUUGAGAUAAGACCAACGCCCCCUCACCUCACCUCUGCCAUGGCUGAGAACAUCCUCGCUGCUGCCUGCGACAGCGAAACCCGAAAUGCUGCCAAGAGGAUGCGGCUCGAUGUGUACCAAGCGACGGACGAGCCGGUCUCUGUUGACAAACCCAACACGAGGGACCCGGUCUCUGUGGCCCCGUCAGGGUUCACCAUCUCCAGCGCAGCUUUUGCCCAAGACCAGCUCUACACCAACGGAGGCCUCAACUACAACCUGCGGGGAUAUGGGACAGUCAGCAGCAACCAACAGAACUCUGGUGCUGCACAAACCAAUGGUCCCACAGAUCUGAGCAUGAAAUCCAUCGGCCCGAACUCCACCUCCUCCAGCUCCAACAGUCACGGUCAGGGAGGCGGCGGCGGCGGAGCUUCGGCUCAGCUCAGCCCUCCGGAGGUGACGGCGGUGAGGCAGCUCAUCGCAGGGUACCGGGAGUCCGCGGCCUUCCUGCUCCGCUCAGCAGACGAGCUGGAAAACCUGAUCCUGCAGCAGAACUGAGUCCGAGCCAAACCGUGCCAACACCCUCCAACCCCCCGCCGCCUGUCCACCCCUGUCACACACAUUUGGGCAGACUUUCAAAGACACAAUUGUACACGAGGGAUACUGCAGUGCACAGUGGGUCCUGUAGGUAUGAAACCUUCACUUAUUCCCACAUGUUUAUGUAUUUGGACGGGCCGAACAUAUCACAGGCUGAAAAAUGUUUAUUUAUGCAUUUGGUUCACUUUGACCUUAGUGCCCUGUUAUCUGUAGCCAUUCAUCCCACUCAGUUCAUUUUACCACCUGAACCUCCAUUCGUCUCAGGAAGCGAUGAUUUAUGUGAAACAGUGAUGUGCAUUGGUACUCGCACUGAGGUGUCGAAUUAGCUUAACCACCAGAUCGCCAAAUCAGCUCGUUUGUGCAGAUGUUUGGACAAAUGAAUAGUGAAAUAGCAGUGAAUUAGCAUCAUUACAUCUCUCUAUUUUUACACUAAUGUAAAAUAUGCUGUACAGUGGCAUGAUUUGAUUGGGUCGUCUGAAUAGAGUAAUUUCUAAAUGAUAACCAGAAGUCCGUAGAUGAAUCGCUGCUAAAAGAUGUGGCGACCUGCCACUGACCUGCUAACCUCAACAGCUACUGUCAGAUGUGCUGACUUACACAUACGCAAAAAAAAGAAAAGAAAGAAAGCGUUAGAGAAAAAAGGGGAACAUCAACAUGACAGUGUUUGACAGCGUAAAGUUUUACCAGAGGAACAGAUCUAUCACCGUGUGGUCAAAAUGAUACCUCGGUUCUAAGAGACAAAGACUCAUUACCCAACGUGACUUUAUUCUCAGUUAUUUUAUUAUGAAUAUUUCUAUCACAGGCAGUUUCUCAUUACUUAAAGGGAAGGAGGCUUUGAAGAAGCCUGGGUAUGCAAAUUGAGGUCACAGACACCUGUCAGGGAAAAAAGGAAAUGAAUAUAUUGUUUAGACUCUUGGUUUAUAACCAGUGCUACUGGAGAAGUGGAAAAAGGUGCAAUAUUGAAGAUAAUCAGUAAUGGUGUGCUUACUGAAGUGACUUGCUGAGGCAUUCUGAGGCGUCUGAUGAGGGUUCGUAAUUCACCACAAUCCUCUCCCGCUGUAACUGUCGAGUUGUAAAAAGAAAUGAUAUCCCAUGCAGCAUUGUAGCCAAUUUCAAUGUUGUUGUUUGUUGUUGAAUAACUGAUCUUUAUCACUAACCUCAGAACUGAGGCACUUUCAUGUGUUGGGAUCAGUCAUCCGUAGUGACAAAAAAGGAAAUGGGACCUGGCAGAAAAAUGAGACUUAAUGUUGCACGUCUUUUUUCUUUUCUUUUUUUUUUUGUGGUUUUGGGUUAUUUUGUGAAGGAAAUGUUCAAGUGAGUGCUCUGCAGUUUAAAGGGCACAUAGAGCUCCUGUGCAUCCAUUACUGACAGUCAGAUGAAUGCAGCGUACUGGAUGCAGCGUGAGCAUGUGAGUGGGAUGCUCAGACAAAAGAAAACUCCUUCGUCCGUCCGUCUGUAUCGUCCUCUCUGACCUCAGCGGUUUCAAACCCCAUCUCCACUUUCCUCAUUGAUACCACGUCUGAAAAACACACUGUCUGAAAAAGAAGCAAGAGACAAUCUUUGAAAAAGAUGUAAUCGCAUCACAGUUUACUCUCCCAGCUUUCUGCUAUGGUGUGUCUAUGUGUCUGUGUUUGUGUGUGUGUGUGUGUGUGUGUGUGUGUGUGUGUGUGUGUGUGUGUGUGUGUGUGUGUGUGUGUGUGUGUGUGUGUGUGUGUGUGUGGUCUGAGGACACACAAGCGUACACAAAGCAGAUCUAGAGCACAGUCUCACAACUUUAAAUGGUGAGUCACUCAGCACAAAAACGGUUGUGUGUAUGUGCAUUUACAAAAAAAAAAUCCUUUCUCUCUUUUUUUUUCCGUUGAUGUAAGUGUUGGUGUUGACAGUGUGUUGACUCACUGUUUGUGUAUCAGUGGAGUGACCCAGUUUGUACAACAUCAAUCUGUGAAGAUUUAAUUCAGUAGGCUAAAACAUUCCAAACAAUGACAAUGACUCUUCAAGCAGCCAGGAAUGGCUCGCACCUUAUUGAUUUGUCAAAGUUUAGAGAGAUAUAUUUCUGUAUUUAUCACAAAUCUUAUCAAAUGUAUCAUUAAUCAGUCUAUAUCUGUGUCAUCCAUCAGUUUCACCACCACCAGGCCAGUCUACAGUUGGACCUGCAUGUCCUAAAUGGCCAUCCCACAUUUCAGUGCCAUGUCACGAUCGGGCUGCAUUUAAUGCAUUUACAUUUAAAUUCUAUUAUCUAUUGCAAGUUUGGAAGCACUUUAUAGCUCAGGAUUAAGGUAACAUAACACAGAGAUUUGAGUGUGUCUUUACCUCAUUUGGGAUAUCAGCUUCAGUUAGAACUGAUUAUAACAAAGGACAGUUUGACACAGCUCACAAUCAGAGGCAGUUUUCAUCUACAAACGGUAGCAAACAGCUCCUUUAUCAGAGCUCAGUUUGAACUCAUCAGUACGUCUCGGCCGUCUGAGGGGUGUUUCAUGAAGGAGGCCCAGAGAGGCAGGGCUUGUGGGCAAAGUCUGAAACUGGAUGAUGUGGUUUCAUAAAACCAGUGUGAGCAGGAGUGAUACGAUAGCCGAGUGGUCGCUGCUCAUAACCCACUGGGGUGCAAAUGCCGUCAGCAGAGACACUUUGGUCCAAAUCCUGGCCAGGAUGGAUCUUUACUGCAUAUACGUUCCCACAGAAAGCUAACGGUUGCAGCCUAAGUCACGUCUGACACAUCAAACAUUGAUUUCAUUGGUUCACAGUGAAGAAAUGCAACAUUCAACUUAGAGCAAGAUUAAAAUAUUACAGCAAAAACAGAGUCACUGCAGCAGAGUUAAAGAGAACUUUCAGCCAGAUAUUAACUCAGACUGCUGCUGUGCUCUUCUUCUGAUUCUGACAUGAGGGUUUCAGAUCUGUCAUAAAUGACUUCAUGUGUAAUUAAUGCUUAAAAUUACAGCAUAAAUGCAGAUGCACAGAAGGCAACAUACAGUUUCAUAAGUAUUUACAGCAAGUUUACAUUUUAGCAAAAAUUAUUUUGCAUUUGUGGGAGCUUUAAGUAGCUGUAAGUGAUAUUUGUAAUUACAGAAACCUAUGAUAAAGCAACAUGAGAACAGAAAAUGAUUGUGUGAAUCAGCUUUAUGGAGUUUUAAUGAGUCUCAGCUCAUUGUUUAACUGUUUGUCUCUUAGAUUCAAAGCGAGCACAUGUUCACUCGAUGCUGAUGAAACCUGUCAGUAGCAGGUAAAAUUCUCAGAGUUUUAAACAGCGCAUAGAAGCAUGGCACAAAAACCACCAAAAAAAACCAAGGAAGCAUGGAAGAAACAUUUCUGAGGCUCCAGAUAAAACAAGAAACCUGCUGUUAGGAGUUCACAGGAAAGAUUUCAAUUUACAAAAGAAACACUGGAGGUUAAACCAGUUUAGUUCCCUCACAUUUUUCUCAUUGCAUCGCUUUUGUUUCAACAGAAAGAUAAUUUCAAUGUUCAAACAGCAGACUGAGGAGAACAUAUUUAACAGCUAAAGAGGCAGAUUCAUCCCUUUGGAGUUGGUAGAGACCAAAAAAGAGCUAAAAGACAAAACUGGACUCAUAUUCUUCAGGUCAGACUUUUUCUAAGCCUCCUUUCUGAAACAUUUUCCCACCUUGCUGAAGAAGCCCAGACUUUGUGAAACACCCCUGUGGGCUCAAACAGACGCAAUCAUAGAUGUCCGUGGGACCCGAGUCCUCACACGUCUUCCUCGUCUCCUCCAACCGGCUCGUCUGUUACUGUAGCCAUAGCAGAUCCUUUACACUUCAUGUCGAACUCAGUGAUGUUGAAUCUUGUCUCAUUCCCACAGCCAAACACUUGCUUGCAAAUUCUGUCUUAAGUCUACGCUGAGCGACGUUUUAGCUGUGUGCUGGAGUUACUGUGAUCAGCGACAACCACUUGUUGUCAUGUUGUUGUUUUUGUUUUGGUUUUUUUUCUUCCUAAUAAUGCCCAAUGGAUUUUCUCUUUGUAUUGACUAGACAAUGUAAUCUAUUGGUGUUGAUUAAAAAUGCCCUGGUAGCUUGUGGAUUGCUAAAGUGGUCAGAUAAAUGUACUGUAUAGCUGUACAAAGAGUGAUAAAAGAUGUUUUAAACCUUUCUUUUUUUUCUGUGGGUACAGCACUGUUUAAAAAAAAAAUCAAAGUGGUUUUAGCCCUUGCCUGUUUUAACUUAUCAUUUGGUGAUGGUCUGUAUAACUUCUAUUGUUAUUUAUAUUAUUUCAAUUGUUGCCUCUCCUGCACUGAUAAGAGACUGUAGCUCUGUGCAGGGGGUUGUACUGUAAACCUGUGUGAAGCUUUGUAUUUUCCCCUCUGGUUUUGGACUCAGUGAAAGUGUGAUGUUUACAUGUACAGUUUUUCAGAAUACUUUGGUUUUCGUUUGUUUUUGUGUUUUAUUCAGGUGAUUUUUAUUUUCUUCCUCUUUUCCUCACCGAUUCCCCUAAUCUGUGUACAUUUGCCCAGAUAUUUUCCUUUUUGUUGUUUCAUUGCAUCAAGUGCAGAUGUGACCUCUUUGACUCCUCGGUCACAUGGUCAGAGUGUGCCAUGACAACUGGCUGUGGUCGGCUCGGCGUUAUGGUGGCUUCCAGCAUUUUAAAAGGUUAAUAUUAAGUAAACGGGAGCUUCACAACUUCUCAAAGUGGACCAGAAAAGAUAUAUCAAGGAUUAAGAUGACUUUAAUCAACUCUUUUCAAAUAUUAUUGUGGCCUAAGUGGAGAACAGUGGGGCGUAGGUACAUUUAUUAUACAAGUGCUCAUAAUCUUUUAAUAUCCCGGCCGUGUUGUCAGGGAAAACUCCUUGUCCUUAACCCGACUGGUGCCCUGAAAGGUACACUUUGACCUGUUGUAAUAUCUCCUCAGUAACAUAAAAGCCAUUCCCCUCUCCUGGCCUUUUAAGGGGAACCCAUAAACCUCAGGAAAUACUGAAUCUCCAAGUUAAGUUUUUAUCCGCUGAUUUCUUCUGAAAUGAGAUUUAAGUCUCUAACGAAACCAUUAACAUUUAUAUGAGAUGUCUAUUGUUUUGUACAUUUAUCAUUGUGAUUUAAAAGUGGAGCUUUUUCCAGUACCUGUGACUUAAUAUUUUGAUUUUUUGGAGUGUUUAUAGGUAUGGAUAUUUAUUAUUAUAUGUGAAACUACAAAAAGACAAAAGAAAAAGGUUGAACCUGUUUCAUUUGUAUGUUUCAUGCAAAACUGUCCAGGUGAGAUUCUCUCUGCCUCUUACAUAUCACUAAUGAGGGACCUGUGUUUGUUUGGAAAUAGCGCUUUUUCAGUGUUGCAUCAACGCUAUGGAAAAAAAAAAGUUAAAAAAAAAAAACAAAAAAACACCAGUGGUUUACCAACAGCAGAGUUGCAAGGCUCUCCUCUUCUCCUGAGAUGUCAGUAAUUGAAUAAAACAGUGCGAUGAGCUAUCAAACUGA